AAGAAAAGGUUGUUUUAUAGAGAUCAGUUUUGAUUUCGCCGGCGGUGGGAUCGCCGCAAACACAGCCACACAGUUUCCAUCACCCUAAAACCCUAAAAAAUGCUCAGUCAUUUCCUCUAUCGUUGCUCCACUCCUUCUCUCCUCUUCUCCAGAACCUUCUCUUCUACGCUUUUCGUCAAAGGUGUAUCUUUCUCAAGCACAGAAGAAACAUUAGCUCAAGCAUUUUCUCAAUAUGGUCAAGUUCUCAGAGUGGAUAUUAUGAUGGACAAAUUCAAACGCAGACCAAAAGGGAUUGCUUAUGUCACAUUCUCUUCUACUGAAGAAGCUGAGAAAGCUUUAUUAGAACUCAAUGGCCGGUUGGUAGACGGACGGGUUGUGAUCCUCGAUACAGCAAAAGCUGCAAAACAGAAUCAACCAGACAGCAAGCCGAAGCAUACAGGUGGUGACAGUUGAUACUUCUCUCUUUUGUCUUCUGCAACUUGUUAGAUUAAAUUUUUUGAGACAAAAAAAAACACUUCAAACCAAUUGAGGUUAUUCGGAAAUAGGGUGUUUGUUAGUUUUAUUGUACUCAUAGAAGUUAUUAUGACAAGAAAAAAAGAGUUGGGAGCUUGUGGAUGCAUUAUCCCAAAUUCGAGGAUUUGUAUUUGAUCUUAGUCAUCAUUGGACCGGUAUACCAAAUUGCUAAGUGUCUUCUCGAGUCUCGACUUUGUUUGACUCAGUGGAAGGAGUUUGGGGUUGCCAAAACAAGGUUAGUCCAUAACGUCCGGGGAGAAGAUCUAUAACAUUGUAUUAUUUUGAGUGGCAGAGAGAGACUCUUUACUUAGCACGAGUCUUCGACUGCAAGUCACGUAACCUUAAGAGUCUUGAGUCUUGUGGACGAUUAUGCUUCUUCUUCUUUCUUUCUACAUAAUGACCUAUCCUUCUUCUCUUUA